UGGUGAGCAACGUGAGGAUGGGUCCACCUAGACGGACAGUUCCAGCGUGGCUGACGCUGGCUUUGUUGUGGUGUGCGGCGCCUCUGGUCCUGGCUGCAGUGGCCCCUUUGGACAUAGAAGUGACCAUCCCUCCCCUACUGGAGUUGCAGCCCUCCAAGGAGGAGGUGUUGUUCACAGUGAACCACGACCCAGACCAAGCCCCGGACCCCUUCACACUGCCCUGCCGUGCUGAUGCUCUACCUGAACCCAGUUACUACUGGCUGAAGGACGGAGAGAAGUAUGACCUGGAUGACGAGGAAGAGGAACAUGGAAGAGUGGAGAUGGUGGAGGGAGAGGGAAGCCUGGUGUUCCAUGAUCCACGCCCCGAGGAUCAAGACGUCUGACGGUGGUCUGCGAAGUCUGAACUCUCCCCGCCUGACGGUGGACGAGGAAGGUACUCUGUGGUUCAGCUACGUUACUCCUGAGGAUGCUUCAGAAGACGCUCUCUACGCCUGUGCUGCCUCCUCUGCUACCAGCGAGCGCCAUGUGUACCUGGUUGAGGACGAGGAAGGAGGACUGCAGAUGCUGGAGGAUGAGCCUCAUACAGAUCCUCUUAUAUCCCUCGAUCUGCCGACUGAGUACCGGAUGGGUAACUGGGUAUACCUGAACGUAAGUUACCCAGGGGAUGACAAGAGCACACUACCAGAGAGUAACCUUCCCCCCGUCAAGCAGUACGUCAGUGACCACGAAGUAACAGCUCUCCAGGGAGACGAAGUCAAGCUCUACUGCAUCUUCGGUGGAUAGUAAGUCUGCUCUUCUCUCUCUCUCU